AAAACAAAAAAUAUAAUUUACAGAUCAAACAUAGUCCUUUAGUUGAUAAAUAGUUUUUCGAUUAUUAAGGUUUCGACGUUUUUAUAACUUUUGAUUUUGUGUUAUAAUUAAUAGCUUUUAUUACACGAUGAGUUUUGAAACUACAGCCACCAAUGGAAACGAUAAAUCGGAACGCAAAUACUAUGAUCGUACUAAAUCAGACGAUUUGCAAAUAUCGAGGACAGAUAUGAAUAUGUUAAUAAUGAAUUAUUUGGUCACAGAGGGAUUUAAGGAAGCUGCUUUAAAGUUUCAACAAGAAGCAGGUUUGCAGGAGCCUGCACUAUGUAGCUCAUUAGAUGAGAGGAUAAUGAUUAGAGAGGCAGUUCAAGGAGGUCGUAUAUCAGAAGCUAUUGCUAUGGUUAAUGCUUUACACCCAGAGCUGCUAGACAAUGACCGCUAUCUAUAUUUCCAUUUACAGCAAUUGCAGCUUCUGGAACUGAUUCGGGCAGGUCGAGCAGAAGAAGCUUUGGCAUUUGCUAGUGCAACAUUAGCUGAGGCUGGGGCAAAUGACCGUAAUGCUUUGACUGAACUUGAGCGGUCACUUGCUUUAUUGGCAUUCCCUGACCCUCAUGCUUCUCCCUUUGCUGACUUAUUGCUACCAUCUCACAGCCAAAAAAUUGCCAGUGAAUUAAAUGCAGCAAUUCUGAAAAUGGAAAACCAAGAAUACACAAAUCCAAAACUAUGCAGCCUUUUAAGAAUGAUUCUUUGGUCUCAAAGUGAACUGGACAAACACAAUGUGAAAUAUCCAAAAAUGACAGACCUCGCUAAUGCUACUAUUGAACAACCUAAAUAAAAUAAUAAUAAGGAUCAUCAUAUGUAUGUGGAUGUUAUCAGUUGUUUUUGUAUGAAUGUUUAUUUAAGGUAAAUAAAAAUUUAGACAUUUA